AUGGGUGAAGUUUUGGGAGAUAACGGAGAUGACGUAGUCACUCCAUGGGAAGUGUCAACAAAUUCAAGCAGCGGCGUGGAUUAUGAUAAGCUAAUCGUUCGCUUUGGUUGUUCAAGAAUCGACGAUGGUUUGCUUCAAAGACUAGCAGACGUUUGUCCCAAGCCUCUACAUCACCUACUGAAGCGUCAGAUAUUUUUUUCUCAUAGGGAUUUGGAGCAAAUUAUCUUACGCAUCGAACAAAAAAAGCCAUUCUUUUUGUAUACCGGAAGAGGUCCAUCAUCAGAGGCCUUACAUCUUGGACACGUUGUCCCAUUCAUAAUAAAUAAAUGGUUUCAGGACGUUUUUGACGUCCCUCUUGUAAUUCAGUUAACUGAUGAUGAGAAGUUUCUGUGGAAGAACUUGUCUAUCUCAGAAGUUAAUCAUUUAACUCGUGAAAACGCAAAGGAUAUUAUCGCCAUGGGUUUUGAUCCUAAAAAGACAUUUAUUUUCAGCAAUUUUGAGUACAUGGGAACAUGCCCAGAUUUCUAUCGUACCAUCUGUCAAAUACAACGCUUGGUUACAUAUAAUCAGGCUCGUGCGAUUUUCGGUUUCAAUGACAGUGAUUGUAUCGGAAAAAUAUCUUUCCCGGCUAUCCAAGCAGCUCCUUCGUUUGCUCAAUCGUUUCCAACUGUUUUUGAAAAUCUUAAAAAACCAGAGGAUGUCAGUUGUUUAAUUCCGUGUGCUAUUGAUCAAGAUCCAUACUUUAGAAUGACUCGAGACGUUGCUCCGCGCCUUGGACUACCUAAACCUUCUCUUAUAUACUCAGUAUUCUUCCCCGCUUUACAAGGAAAUCAAACAAAAAUGAGUGCAAGCAAUCCAAACACAUCAGUUUUUCUGACAGACACACCGAAGCAAAUUAAAAAUAAAAUCAAUAAAUACGCUUACUCUGGUGGCGGCGACACAAUUACUGAACAUAGAGAACGUGGAGGAAACUGCGAUAUUGAUGUGUCAUACCAGUAUUUGAGAUUUUUCUUGGAAGACGAUCAAAAACUAGAACAAAUACGUCAGGAUUAUUCCAGUGGCAAACUGUUGACAGGUGAAAUCAAAAAGGAGCUUAUCACACUGUUGACUGAGUUUGUUACAGAGCACCAGAAAAGACGAGCUGCGAUUACUGAUGAAGUUCUCAAGAGAUUUAUGACUCCUCACCCAUUGCAUCUUCCAUUUAUUUAG